UCCUGCUCGUGCCUCCGCUACAAGUCCUGCUCGUGCCUCUGCUACAAGUCCUGCUCGUGCCGUUGCUACAAGUCCUAGUUGUGCCUCCACCACAAGUACUGGUCGUGCCCCCACCACAAGCCCUAGUUGUGCCUCUGCCACAAGUACUGGUC